UAAGAAUGACAGGACAGACUUCAUCCCACAGCAAUCCAACAGCUCCAACAUCCAUAUCCUACACUCACCUGCACAAGCCCUCAUUGUAUUAUCAUGCCUUCCAAGACCAAAAAGUCGCUUGAGGCUCUCAUGACCUAUAUCAAGCAGUCGAAAAGCCGCCGCACUACGAUUUUGCAUGGCCAAGGCGAGCCCGGUCACCGAGCUGCCCCAGCGCGUGGGGGAAACCAUGAUGCGAGAAUCGGAAGCCGCAUCGACGUUGGAGAAAUCAUCAAGAAAGCUGGGAAGGAAUAUCGACGGUACAAAUUCCAGCUCAAUUCGAACGCGCAAGAUUCCACUCUCAAGAAAAAGGCUGCCCAAGAUUCCCACAUGGUUUAUUCGACUGCAGAUCUGGAGAUUAGAGGGGAUAGGACCGAGGAGGAAGAGGAACAGGCGAUGCGUGACUUCGAGGAGCAAUUGUCAAAGAACUUAAGAGAAUAAUGUGGUGAUUAAUAUAGCCACCUGGUAUUAUCUGAUUGUUUGCUGGGACUCGAUCGGGUACAUUGUCUGUUUAGAUUCGCAAUUGUCUCCGUAUUUUGGGCAACAAUGGAAAGUUCCAAGAUAAGCUUAAAUGAAUGGGAGGGG